CUGUUGUGUUAGUGAGGUGAAAAUGUUGAGUGGGAAAAUUGUGAAAACUUAUUGAUUUUUUAUUCUGUCAUUAAGUUAGAUUUUCCUGCAAUGCCUCGUGAUUGAUUUAAGGAGGUGAUUGAGUAAGGAAGAGGGGGAGGAAAAGUUGUUAUAAUUCGUAGAAGUGAGUGUUUUUGAGAUAAAACUAAACAUAGAAUUGUGAUUUACUCAUGAAUGAGUAAUUUGUAAAUCUAGUGCAAAACGGAAUUGAUGAUUGUGAACAGCACAUUUUACCGAGGAAGUUAAAGCAUCUCUGUGCGUAAUUCAGAUGUUGAUGCAAAGAGAAAAAAUACUGUACUUUUUAUGAUUGUCCAUCUUGUUGACUUGUGAAAAAUCUGUAACUUGGAUUGGUGUGAAAAUUGCUGCAAAAUUUUUAUCAACGCCCAGGAUUUCCCCAGUGAAGGAAGUUCACAAUGGCCACGCUAUCGCUGAGGAUCAGUUUAGAGGGUGGACGUGUCACGAAGACAAUCCAAUUUGAUCCGAGUACAACAGUAUUUGAUGCAUGUAAGAUUAUUCGGGAUAAAUUUGCUGAAGCUGUUCAGGGACAACCUCAAGAGUAUGGCCUGUUCUUGGCCGAUGAGGACAAUCGUCAGGGCGUGUGGCUGGAGUCUGGCCGCCACUUGGGCCACUAUUUCCUCCACAAUCACGAUGUGCUCGAGUAUCGGCGCAAAUUGCGGACGCUGCGCGUGCGAAUGCUGGACGGAGCGGUGAAGACAAUCCUGGUGGAUGACUCUCAUCCAGUGUCACAACUGAUGGUGGUGAUUUGCACAAAGAUUGGCAUUACAAAUCACGAGGAGUACGGCUUGGUGCGUGAGGAGAAUGAGAAGCAGAAUGAGAAUUUGCCCGACAACAAGUUCAGUACAUUGACACUGCGUCGGAAGGUGGCGGAGAAGGAUCGCGACGCGAAGAUGGAGAGCCUGAGGAAGAAGCUGAAGACGGACGAUGAGAUCAAUUGGGUGGAAGUGGGCAAGACGCUGCGCGAGCAGGGCAUUGAUGAGUCCGAGACGGUGUUGUUGCGACGAAAGUUCUUCUAUUCCGAUCAGAAUAUCGAUUCGCGCGAUCCGGUGCAAUUGAAUUUGCUCUAUGUGCAGGCGAGAGAUGCAAUUUUAGAUGGAACACAUCCGGUCACACAGGAAAAAGCAUGUGAAUUCGCAGGUAUUCAGGCGCAAAUUCAAUUUGGCGACUACAACGACAAGAAGCACACCACUGGAUUUCUGGACUUGAAGGAGUUUCUGCCGCAGUCGUAUGUUCGCGUAAAAAGCAUUGAGAAGAAGAUUUUUGCUGAGCAUCGCAAGCAUUUCGAGUCGUCGGAGAUUGAUGCAAAGGUGCUGUACACAAAAACAGCCCGCGAACUGCCAACUUAUGGCGUGACAUUCUUCCUGGUGAAGGAGAAGUUGAGUGGGAAGAAUAAAUUGGUGCCAAGAUUGUUGGGUGUGACGAAGGACUCUGUGCUGCGCCUGGACGAGAAGACCAAGGAGAUCCUCAAGACGUGGCCACUGACCACUGUCCGACGCUGGGGCGCUUCGCCCAACACCUUCACACUGGAUUUCGGUGAUUAUGCCGAUCAGUACUAUUCUGUGCAGACGACAGAGGCCGAGCAGAUUGUCCAUCUCAUCUCUGGCUACAUCGAUAUCAUCCUGAAGAAGAAGCAGAGCAAGGAUCACUUCGGCAUUGAGGGCGAUGAGGGAUCGACGAUGGUGGAGGAAAGCGUGGCGCCGUCAAAGGCAACAUUCUUGCAGCACGAGACGAAUAAAGUGGGCAAAAUUAAUACGGAAUCCCUGGCAAAGCCAGUAAUUAUGCGCGGUUCUGACGGAGAAAAACCAUACACACAUGGCGAUAUGACGAAUGUACAGUACGGAGCGAUUGUUGGACAGGUGAAUUUGGCUCAUCAGCCGCCAUUGUCGAAGGAGAUUCGCAUAAGUUCAGUGCUAACAGAGCCGCAGCGUGCUCUUUUGGGCUAUAUUUCCGCUGGGCGUGAGGAAUUGGCGAGAGCUCAGGAGGAGUUGCAGACCAAGGCGGAGAUUCCUGAUCUGGGCGAUGAUCCGCACUCGAUUGAGUGGCGCGAGAACACGCUGGAGUCCUCGAAGCAGCUCGUGACGACGCACAUCGCCACCAUGAACGCCGCCACGGCGCAAGUGGUGACGGCGACGCAGCCGGAUGAUGUUGAUCACGAGGCUGUCGGCGAGGCGGUGACACAGAUCACGCAGAGCAUCCCGACGGUGACGAAGGAAGUGCGCCUGUUGGCGGCUCUCAUGGAGGACGAUCACAGUGGCGAUCGUCUGCUGGACGCCACGAGGCGUCUGUGCGAUGCCAUGAGGGAUCUGCUGAACGCGGCGGAGCCCGAGAGCAAGGAGCCGCGCCAGAGUCUCCUGAACGCCGCCAGUCGCGUCGGUGAGGCCAGCACGCAAGUGUUGAGCACCAUCGGCGAGGAGAGCCCAGAAAGCCGCGAGUUGCACGACAUGCUCCUCGCCCUGGCCAAGGCGGUGGCCAACACGACGGCCGCCCUUGUGCUGCGCGCCAAGAGCAUCGCCGCCAGCGUUGAGGAUGACGACACGCGCAACAAAGUCAUCGAGGCGGCCAGCCAGUGCGCUCUGGCGACCAGUCAAUUGGUGGCUUGUGCCAAAGUUGUGGCGCCGACGCUCCAGAACAAAGCGUGCCGCGAUCAAUUGGAGGCGGCGGCUCGCGAAGUGGCGAAGGCUGUCAACAAUUUGGUGGCUAUCUGCAAUGAGGCGACGGACAAUCAUCAGCUGCGCGGGGAUUUGAUGGCGGCGGCGCAGGAAGUGUCGCGCACGCUGAAGGAACUGCUGGAGCACAUCAGCUUGAGUGCCAGGGAGAGAGCGAGGCUCGUCCAGGACGAUCAUCCCAUGGACAAUGUCCUUCUCACUACGGACAAACUCGUGGCCUCGUCAGAUCCUCAAGAGAUGAUCAAGCAGGCGAAGAUCUUGGGCCAAGCGACGGCCAGAUUGAUUCAGAAUAUUCAAGGCGAGGCGAAGGAUCAGUCCGACGAGGAGCUUCAGAGGCGUCUUUUGGCUGCUGCCAAGCAAUUGGCCGAUGCAACUGCUCGUCUGCUGGAAGCGGCCAGAGUCUGCAGCACUCAUCCGCACGAUUCGCAGAAUCAAGAAGCUCUGCGGACGGCGGCUGAGGAGUUGCGUGACAUUACAACAACGGCGGCCAAUACGCCGGCCAUGAAGCGUCGUCUGAUCAAUCGUCUGGAGUUGUCGGCCAAGCAGGCAGCUUCUGCGGCUACUCAGUGCAUGUUCGCGUCCCGGAAUGCCACGCAGUACAGCAAUGAUGAUCAGGCUAUUGAGCCGCUGUUGCUGGACUGCAAAGCCACGGCGGAUGCCAUUCCGCGCCUUGUCAUGAGUGCGAAGAACACCAUUGCGCGUCCUGACGAACCAUCUGCGCAGCUGGGAUUGAUCGAGGCGUCGGAGUCUUUCGUGGAAGUGGGAUCAAACUUUGCCGGAUCGGCUCGUGCUCUUCAGCCUUCGGUGUCUGACUUCACGGCUUCCCAGCAACUCUCGCGCACGACGCAUCACUUCAGCCAGACGAUUCAUGACCUCAGAUCGGCGGCGUCUCGCGCCAGAGAAGCAUGUGGCGGACAAGAGUUGGAGUCAGCAAUUGAUGCUGUUAACAAUCUCAGGACUGUCCUGAAUGAGACUCGUCGCGCGGCGCAACAGAACACGCUGCGCCCGCUGCCUGGAGAGACGCCAGAGAGCACGGCGAAGCAGCUGGGCGCCAGCAGCAAGCAAGUCGGCGUGGCCAUGUCGCAACUCCUGUCGGCAGUGACGCAGGGCAAUCGCUUGUACGCCGGAGCGGCCGGCAGGGACACUGCUCUGGCUCUGGGUGACUUCACGAAGAGCGUGCGUGGCGUUGCAGCAACGAACAACAAUCCUAUUGUGAUUAAUGCUGCUGAUGAUGUCAUUCUGACGUCCGUGCGGGUGAUUGAGGAGGCGCAGAGGAUGCUGCAGAACAUUGGCGAUCCCGUGAUUCUCACGCAAACGGCGAGGGAAGUGCAGGUGGCGCUGGAGAAGACGGUGGAUUGUCUGCCUGGACAGCGAGAAGUGGAUGACGCUCUGAAGACAAUCAAUGAGCUGAGCGAGGUGAUUGCUAUGGGUGAAUUCCCGCCUUCGAGCAAAUCCUACGGUCAAUUGCAGACAGAGCUGAAGUUUGCGGCGGAGAAUCUGAAUGCUGCCGGUGGAAGAAUCGUUCAGGCGCACGCAAGCCCUGCCCAGUUGGCCAGCACAAGUCAGAACUUCAGUCAGGCUUACAAGGAACUGCUGACGGUGUCGCUGGAGAUGGCUGGUCAGACGAAGGACGAGGUGGUGAGGAAUAACGUCGUUGUGUCCAUUCGCGGAGUCUCCAGGAGCUCUUCAGCUCUGCUCUUCACGGCCAAAUCCGUGGCUGCCGAUCCUGAGCAACCGAAUGCAAAGAAUCACUUGGCGGCAGCCGCCAGAGCGGUGACUGAGAGCAUCAAUUACCUGGUGGACAUGUGCACAUCGGCCGCUCCUGGUCAGAAGGAGUGCGACAGGGCGAUUCGCACCAUUGAGAGCCUUCGUCCGAUGCUGGAGCACCCGAAGGAGCCUCUGAACGACAUGGGAUACUACGACUGCUUCGAGUCGGCCACGGAGAAGUCCGCCAGCCUUGGGCAUGCCAUCAGUGAGAUGAUCAACAAUGCCAAGUCGUCGCAGUACGUGGAGUUUGGUCACUCGGUGAACAUGGUGGCGGAAUCGAUGCGCGGAUUGAUUGAAUCUGCCGCUCAGUCGGCAUAUCUGGUCGGCACGAGUGAUCCAACCAGUGUCGCCGGACGUCCGGGACUUGUGGAGCAAUCCCAGCUGCAAAGAGUCUCUCAGGCAAUUGAGCAGCACUGCCAGGUUCUGUGCAAUCCCGAUGCUACACGUGAACAGCUCAUUUCUUCACUGACAACCAUCGCCAAGCAGACGACGAUUCUGUGCAAUAUCUCGAGGAAUGCCAGUACGAACACGAGCAAUCCAGUGGCGAAGCAGCAAUUUAUCUAUGCGGCGAAGGAUGUGGCCACAGCGACGUCUGCUCUGGUGCAGAAAUCGAAGAACUUGGAACGUGACACCGCACAAGCUCGUCAGCAGUGUGCUGAAGCGACGCGUCCGCUGAUGGAUGCUGUGCACUCAUGUCGUCAGUUCGCCUCCUCGCCGGAGUUCAUUAGCAUUCCGGCGCGUAUUUCGGGCGAGGGUUAUCGCGCCCAGGAGCCGAUUCUGCACGCGGGCCGAUCGGUUCUGGACGGCGUGGUGGAGAUGGUGAAGACGGUGAAGACUCUGGCCGUGACGCCUGACGAUCCGCCGGUGUGGCAACAGUUGGCGCUGCACAGCAAGCCCGUGUCGGAGAGCGUGAAGCGUCUGGUGGACAACAUCAGGGAGAGGGCGCCAGGGAAGGUGCAAUGCGACCAGGUGUUGAGCACGCUCAACACUUGCGCCAGGGACUUGGACUCGACCGCCCUGUCGAUUGGCAUUCAGGGCUUGGCGCCGAAGAGGGAGAACAACUUGCAGGGCUUCACGAGUCAGACGGUGAAUGCGGCGGCCGAAAUGGCGGACAAAUUGGAUGCCGUGCGCGCGGCGGCGAAGAGGAAUGCCGAGAGCUUGGGUCAUGCCGUCACUCAGAUCUCCAGAUACGCCGUUCCGCUGACAAAUGGCGCAAUUGGGGCGUGUUCGCAUCUGAUUCACUCGAGCCAGCAAAUCACGCUGCUGGACCAGACGAAGUCCGUGAUUGAGUCGGCGUCUGAUCUCGUGGAGACGGCCAAGGAUGCUGGCGGGAAUCCGCGUGCCACGAAUCAUCACACGCAGCUGGAUGAGUGCGUGACGGCGACACGAGAGGCUCUGAUGGAGCUCAACUCAACCGUCGAGAAGCUGGCCACGGAGAAUGGCGUGGUGACGGGAUUGAUGGAGCAGAUUUCGCGCUCGAUUACACGCAUCACGGACAAACGCCAAUCGUUCCUGGGCGUGAGUUCUGUAGACAACUUCGUGGACUAUCAGACGCGCAUGGUGCAGAGCGCCAAGGAGAUUGCACGGUUGGCGAAUGAGAUCAAUGCCAAGGCUGGCACAGAUCAGGGGAAAUUGCCGCAACUCUGUGUGGACAUCACGAAUCACUACAUGCAGCUGGCGCAAGACUCGAUGGGCGCCUCUGCCACGACGACCUCCUCGGACAUCUCUGUGCGCAUUCGCAACACCGUGCAGGAGUUGGGCUACUCCAUCUCGCAGUUGAUUCAAUUCACCACCGGCAUUCGUCCGGAUGACGCCAAUGCGCUGGCCGAUGUGGCCAGAGGCGCUCGGGAUGUCACUGAGAAGGUGUCUCAAGUGCUGGCGGCUCUGCAGGCGGGCUCACGCGGCACUCAGGCGUGCAUCAACGCCGCCAACACGGUGUCGGGCAUCAUUGGCGAUCUCGAUGCCACGAUCAUGUUCGCCACGGCGGGAACGCUGCACAGUGAUGGCGAUGGGACUUUUGCCGACCAUCGCGAGCACAUCCUGAAGACGGCCAAGGCUCUCGUGGAGGACACGAAAGUGCUUGUGGCCGGGGCGGCAGGAUCGCAGGAUCAACUGGCGUCGGCUGCUCAGAAUGCUGUAACGACGAUUUUGCAAUUGGCUGAAGCGGUGAAGAGAGGCGCCAGCAGCUUGGGAUCCGGACAGCCGGAUUCGCAAGUGAUGGUGAUGAAUGCGGUGAAAGAUGUCGCGGCGGCUCUUGGUGAAUUGAUAAAUGCCACGAAAUUGGCGUCUGGCAAGUCAAUUCACGAUCCGGCGAUGAACGACAUGAAGGAGAGCGCGAGAGUGAUGGUGCUGAACGUGUCGACGCUGCUGAAGACGGUGAAGGCCGUGGAGGACGAGCACACGCGCGGAACGCGUGCCAUGGAAGCCACUGUGGAGGCGAUAAUGCAGGAGAUUCGCAGCCUGCAGGUGCCGCCGGGGCCGGGCGGUCCGCCGGCCACACCGGAGGAUCUCAUCCGCGUGACGAAGAACGUGACGUUGGCCACGGCGAAGGCCGUCGCGGCGGGAGCGUCGAAUCUGCAGACGGACAUCGUGGCGGCGGCAAAUCUGGGCCGGCGCGCCAUCAGCGACAUGCUGAGCGUGUGUCGCUCGGUGGCGUGGUCGUGCGCCGAGACGGCGGAUCUGCGUCAGCGCACACUGGACGCCGGCGCGGCCGUGGCGAUGGCGUAUCGUGAUCUGCUGGAGGCGGUGCUGAAGGGCGCCUCGGCGGACGAGCGAAUGCACUUGUCGCGUCGCGUGGCGAAGUGCGUGACGGACUUGGUGGCUGUGGCGCAGCUGCUGAAGGGCGUGGAUUGGGUGGAUCCGGAGGAUCCCACCGUGAUUGCGGAGAACGAACUGCUGGGCGCGGCGGCAUCGAUCGACGCGGCGGCGAAGAAGCUGGCCAGUCUGCGUCCACGACGCAACUCGGACAUUAAGUUGGCGGAUGAGAACCUGAAGUUCGACGAGAUGAUCUUGGAGGCUGCCAAAGGCAUCAUGGCGGCGUCUUCGGCGCUCGUGCGCGCCGCGAAUGCCGCGCAGAAGGAGCUGAUCGAGCAGGGAAAGGUGGCCAGACGUCCGCUCACGUCCUCAGACGAUGGGCAGUGGUCGGAGGGCUUGAUCUCGGCGGCGCGUCUCGUGGCCGCGGCCACGCACAGUCUCGUGGAGGCGGCGCAGAAUCUGGUUCUGGGCGUGGGCACUGAAGAGACGCUGAUUUCGUCGGCGCGCCAAGUGGCGGCGUCCACGGCGCAGCUCUUGAUUGCGUGCAAAGUGAAGUCCGAUCCUAACUCGGAGUCGGGCAGACGACUGCAGGCUGCCGGCAAUGCCGUGAUUAAGUCCACGGACAAUCUGGUGAGGGCGGCGCAGCAGGCGAUUGACAUGGAGGAGGAGCACAUCCUGAAGAUCAACACGAGCAUGGUAGACGGCAUGGCGCAGGAGAUCAAUGCGCGAUCGGAGGUGCUGAAGAUGGAGCGACAGCUGGAGGAGGCGCGCAAUCGUCUGGUGGCCAUUCGCCAGGCGAAGUACAAGCAGAAGCAGAUGGCCGGCUACACGGACGACAGUGACACGGACACGGGCAAUGCGUCGAGUUAUCAGUAUCAGAAGCAGACGCAGUAUGGCUACAACACGCCGCCCCCAGAUCAAUAUUCCGCCUCUGCGUCGUACGGACAGAACUCGAGCUUCAAUCGAUCGGCUCUCAAUGCCACACCGCCGUCGCCCAGCUUCCAGAACACCUCCACGUCCACGACGUACCACCAGGCGGCCGUGCCGCCGCCGCCGCGCUCCACCUUCCUCACGGGCAACGCCAUUCCGCGGCCGUACCACGGCACGGGAUCCGACUCCAAUUCGCCCGUGGCGACGCACAAGCCGCUGGUCACGCAGAGCAGCAGCGGCAAUCUGGAGGCAUGCGUGAAGGAUCUGCACGAGAAGACACUGGGCAGGUCCGGAACGACAUUCAGCACCUUCAAGGGUCCCGCGACGACGGUGAGGAGCGAGGAGAGUGGCGCCAGCAAGCAGAGCAACGGGCAGAACUAUGAAGGAUUCACAGCAAGAUACGAGACGAAGAGGUACGAUCGGCGCGACGACGAGUUCCCGCCGCCGCCGCCGCCGCUCGAGCAGGACUUCGAGCAGCACUUCUCGAAGAUGAGCGUGAGCGAGGGCGGCGGCAGUGUGAAGUUGAGCCAGGAGAGCGACGCGCGCCAAGUGGGCUCGCAGCAGCGCAUCCUCGAGCGUCGCAUCAUCACGACGACGACGGAGUCGCGAUCGGAGCACAAGACGCACACGCACAACUUCCGGCUGGACAAGUGAUCGAGUGACAGAGAUGGAGUGUAAAUAGGAGCCGCGAUGCCAUAAGAUUGUCUCUCCGUUUUUCCACUUCUUUUCGCACAAUUCACACACACACACAAUUCUGUGGAUAUUUCAUCGAAAGAAAAGAAAGAGAAAUGAAUGAAAGAAAAGGAAACGAAGGAAAACUUGCCUUAACAAUGUGUAUUGUUAACAUAAAGUGGAUACAAAUCAACUAUUGAUUAACGUAGAUGGUAGAUCUUUUAUUUUUUACUUAAAUAUAUUAAUACUGUUAAUUCACAAAGUGCCAGAUUUUUAAUACAAUCUAACAUUUUUACUAGAAUAUAUUUUAUAAAAUGAGAAAAAAAGAGAAACGAUUUACUUCGCAAAAUACCCAUAAUUGUCCAUGGCCUGAAUCCAAGGGAGAACAAGGGAUGGUUUAAGGAAUGAAAAAUAAAACAAGGGAUAACGAAUAGCUUGGCCUUCAAAGUCUCAAAACAAUAAAUAACGAAUGAAUUUUAGAGAUGAACAAAGUUUAAUAUUGUGUAUUUUUGACACUUGAGAAAGGAAAUGGAUAAACGAGUAAAAUGCAACAAUUAUGCCAAAAUUCUUCCUCCCACUGCUUUUGUAUGUACAUAGAGUGGUAAAUAAGAGUCUUUUUUGUAAGAUUAUGGUGUUUUUCCCCCACAAAAAUGCUAUGUAACUAUUGUAUUUAACAUCGAAACUUAAAGAGAAAUAAAAUCCUUUUAAUGAA